GCUAGGUGUGAAUGAACUGAUGCUCUCACUCAAUAAAUCGUCUCUCAGUCAUCAAGUUCAUCACAACAAAGAAGCAACAACAAGACUUCACUUCUGUCCCGGAUUUUCCAAGGGAGCCAUGGCUUGUUAAAUUAGAGAAGAACUCGGACCCCCGAAAGACGCCGUGCUUUGCUCUUGCAACGCACCCCAAACUCACAAGAAUUUUCAGCAAGAAUGGAGUGUCAUUAUGCUCACCCAGCCCUGCUCACUGUGGCUCAACUCUCAGACCCCACCAACUCAUAUUGUACGAUCGGACUAAUCGGAUUGAAUCAAAAGACCAAUAGACAAAAUGAUGGCAACGUCAGCAGCUCCUCUCUGGAAGACUCUUCGCGUCUGCCCGGCAGACCCCCUCGCUCUCUCUCACCCACAGGCUAACCUCAGCCAAUCACAGGAGUGCAGGGGGGAGGUGCCAGAGGAGAGCCAGCACUUAAUUGGUGAUGGUCUCACGGACUGGAUGACGGAAGAAGUGGAUUUCUCCUCGUACCUCCCAAACCCUCACCCCUCUCCCUCCCCCAAUUCCUCCCUUCCUCCCUCACCCCUCCAGCAUGACAUCCAGGUGCCCUCUGACUUGGAGGUCAUGACUUCUCUGCUGCAAGAGGAACUCGCUCAACUGGAGGACUACUUCCUGUCUGAACCACUGCCGGAGAAAGGACCAAAACUGGGAAAAUGCGACAAGGGUCCACCGCCAGUGGGUCCCCACCAGUCAUACUACCAGUUGCCCUUUCAUGCGUCAUCAUACUCCACCUCCAACCAAUCGGAACACAGCCCUCUACUUGUUACCCUGGCAACUGGGGAACUAGACCUGCUGAGCUUUUGCGGAGGUGGGCCCAUUGGGCGAUCAAAAUUGCCUAGACACACCCCUUACAGUUGUAGCAAUCGCCCCAAUGGGUGUAGUCGCAAAAGAGUUUCAGAUGGGGUGAGGGUGGGCGAGGUCUACGAGAAUAGCAUAUGGAGUUCCAAAGGAAGUAACCCAUCAGUGACUCUAAGUGGCAGUUACAGCUGUGUAGAGGACGAGCGGGUAGUCGGGAAAGGUUACUGUCUAGGCAGCGGAGUUGAGAUUCGAAGAUGCCCUUUUUUACCCAAGGAAGAGAAAAAUUGUCAGUUCGCGGAAGAGGUCAUAGCCGUUGGCAGUGGGUAUGGUGGCUUUGGCGGGCCGCUGGAUAUCCCACACAAGAAAGAGGAGCUGUUGAUGUAUGGCAUGAGAGAAGUGCAUGUCAGUUGUGGUGGUGGAGGAUGUGCUAGUAGCAGUGGGAUAGAAUUGUUGAGUAGUAAUGUCAAAGUUGGCGUAGUCGGUGAGUUGUCUUCCAAGAUGUCCACUAUUCCUUGGAAGACAGAGACUAGUGAGGGUUGUUAUCUUCAGGCACCGUCCCAAUCAGAGGCCUCCUACCACCACGGCUUCCAAGGGACGGUCAGCGAGCAGGUCAAGGCAGAGGGUUUAGAUAUGGGCCGUCAACAUCAUGACUUCCACUGUGGUGGGUUCCUAGAGGACCAGCAGGGCUCUGAGUGUCUGGCAAUGGAUAGGGAGGCUCUUGACAGGCAGGUGGUGUUGGGGUUGAAGGAGGACCCCUGUCCCCUCGCGAAGCCUGAGCUGGACGAAACAAUGCCAGGGGAGGUCCACCACCCACCAGAGCGCAAGCAGAAGAAGAGAGACCAAAACAAGACUGCCGCUCAUAGGUAUCGCCAACGUAAAAGGGCAGAGCUGGACUGCCUUGAGGAGCAGCUGCACGGUCUGGAGGGGCAUAACCGGGAACUUCGGGACAAAGCAGAGUCAGUGGAGAGGGAGAUCCAGUAUGUUAAAGACCUACUGAUCGAGGUGUACAAAGCCCGCAGUCAGCGGCUCAAGCAAUCGGACACCGACGCCUGAUGAUGAAGAUAAGAUGACGAAGACUUUCUGCAAGUAGAUUUGAAGAAAAAAUGACAGGGAAAUGUUAGUUUUUCAAUGUUUUGAAAUGGAAUAUUACAUUUUUUCUUUUUCUUUGGGAGGGUCAGGGUGGGGGGCAACAAAGGGGUUCAAUUGCAUGUUUUGAUGACGUGAUUUUUUUUAUUUUUACGAGUCAAACAACUACUUUAUACUUCCACUGUUUCGGCAAUCGGCACUAACCAAGCAAGCCUGCACUGUGAUGCUGUAAUGUCUCAGCUGACAAUCAAUUUCUGAAUGGGUUUCCUGUUGAAUGGCGAUGGGUUUGAUUUCCACCAUUGGUGUUUUUUAUAUACUGGUUAGACUAAUGUGAUUCAACUAAGGCCUUACACUGGUCUUGAUGUCAAUAACUUAGCUACUGGUUCAAUAUACUCAUUAGCUUUUUAUCAAAAGACAAUCUUUGUUUAUUUGUGGGAGCUUUGCACUAUUUGUAUAUUUUCCCAAAUUAUUAUUCCAAUAAUUGAAAACAAACUAAUAUAAAUAUGAAUGCAAAAACAGCCUUUAGGGAAGACUUAAGAUUUUGUUGAAAGUGUUGUCCCCUUAAAUGCUAAUUGCAAUAUGAUACAAUCAGUUUUAUAGCUCAGGUUAUGCAAUUCAUGCCCAAAGUUCUAGAAGUAUGUAAGUUGGUAAUUCUUGACUGAAGAUUUUUUUGCAUGGCAAAGACAUUCAUGGCUACUAAAAUUAACGAGUUCUGUCUGUCUAUAUGAUGCUGUAUAGCUACUGUGCACUGAUUCCAUAGCAGCCUCACAUUCCAUGCUCUCUCUCAGCAAAUUCACUUGUCUCUAGCUCUUUCCUAGUUGUUUCUCUUCACUGGAUUAGAUGGUAUAGGAUUUCAGAAAUCAAUGUGGGACCCUCUGUCUCUUUACUUGCUGUAAAAGCAAAUCAGGGUUUGUGAUUUUAUAUGGCGGGUAUGCUCGUCUGAUUUAUAAAGACUUUUUCAAUUGUGUCUUGAAGGAGAGAUGGUAGGUAGGUAGUUAGCCUUUGCGUUUUUCUAAAAAAGAACAAAAAAACUAUUUUUCACUAGAAUGUUUGUGAUAGCUUUUCAUGUCGUUUCCCGCUUUUGUCUACGAGGAUGCAGUGUCAAUUAAUUUAGUAUAAACCUUUAUUUUAUAAUUAGGUACAAUUCUCAAUUUUUCUAAAAACGGUCAAUCUGCUUUAAGCAAAUGUAACAAUAUAUCAUCUUUAAAUUUGAAAAUCUAAUUGGAUCUUUAGUGAAUUAAUCCAAUUGAAUUGCUGUUGCUUUUUUAAUGAAUUUAAGUUGAAAUGCAAUAACUCUUAAAUGUCCUAACGAAUAGUUAAGAUCUUAAUAUAAUGUAAUUAUCUAAUUAUCUGUUAUCAAUCUUUUGGAUGAAUGAGUAGGACACUGCAUCUUUUUCAAAUAUGGUCUGUUAUCUUGGCGAUAUACAAUCAUGUUUCUGAAAUACAGCUUUUAAUGCAAUGUGUAUUAAUGUUAUUUUGUGAUAUUGAGAUUCUAUUACUUUCAAUAUUAAGCCUCACGCAUUUCAGCAACACGAUUACGACCAAUAAGUUACACCUGAUAAAAUAACCAACCAUUUAGUAAUUUGGAAAUAAUUCCAAUGUUUCCUCUCAAUAUAUUUCCUUUGUGUUACAUGUCACUCGUUUUAUUCAAAUAAAGUGAUUUGUUGUCUACA